AUGAUGACAAUAAUAAUGCUUCAUUGCCGAAAUCUUCAACCAGAAAUCAAAAUCAAAGAAGCAUUACAUUUGAAGAUGAAUAAUGAUAAUGAAGAAUUUCAACCAGGUAAUCGAAAAAUGGAUAAUGGGGUCUGGGCUUUAUCCAACUCAUUAACAGCAAUUUCAAGUAACGAGCAUGUAGAAGAAUUUCAAUUGGGUAUAUCAGAAAAAUCCAAAGGAAAACAACAAAAAUAUGAAGUUAGUCAAAUUCCAGCAGAAUUUGACAGGAUGAAGAAUAUUUUAGAAAUAUGCAAUUGGCUGGUAAAACAUUCAUCUAUACUACAGUUAGCCAACCAAAUGUAUACAGCAUCCUUAACAUCAAUCAAAAAUAUUGGUACUUUUAAUGAAUCAUCAUCAGCAAUUUCGGCAAGAAUAGUUAACAAUAGAGAUGGUGCACAUAUAUGGGAUAAAGAAAUAAAAUGUCUCUUCCUUAGAGCAAGGUUUCCCCCAGCAACAUGUAUCGAUGAAUUUGUUAAAAAAAUUUUUAGAUAUCUUUCUUGUUCUAAAGAAGGAAUAGAG